AUGGAUGCCCACGAUCUUUUCCGCCGUCUGGGCGCCGGGGCCAGAUUCGACGUGAAACGCUUCUCGGCAGACGCAGCUCGAUUCCAGGUGGGAAAAAGGAAAUUUGAUUUGGAUUCUUCAGAGGUGCUUCUGGACUUCUUUGGGAACAAGAAGCCUAUCCCAGGUGACUGUGAAGCAUCACAAACACACCAGGAGCUUCAAAAUGAAGAGAGAAAAAAAGAAAAUCUAAUUGAAAGGAAAAGGGAGCCCAGUAAAAAAAAGAGAAAGAAGAUUUCAGAAAUUACUUCUGGAGAGGAUGACACUACUAUACAGUGGACAUCAUCUGUGGAAGCAAAGAUUGAAGAUAAAAAAGUUAAAGGAGAAAAUAAACUAACUUCAGGAAAGUUGGAACAUCUCCGACAGGAAAAGGUGAACUUCUUCCGGAAUAAACACAAAAUUCAUGUCCAGGGAACUGAUCUUCCUGACCCAAUUACUACAUUUCAGCAACUUGACCAAGAAUAUAAAAUCAGUUCUCGGUUACUUCAGAACAUUCUAGACUCAGGCUUCCAAAUGCCCACACCAAUACAAAUGCAAGCUAUUCCAGUCAUGCUGCAUGGUCGGGAACUUUUGGCUUCUGCUCCUACAGGAUCUGGAAAGACUUUGGCAUUUAGUAUUCCUAUUUUAAUGCAGCUGAAACAACCUACAAAUAAAGGCUUCAGAGCCCUGAUUAUAUCCCCAACAAGAGAACUUGCCAGCCAGAUUCACCGAGAGUUAAUUAAAAUCUCUGAGGGAACAGGAUUCAGGAUACACAUGAUCCACAAGACAGCAGAGGCAGCCAAGAAAUUUGGACCCAAAUCAUCUAAGAAAUUUGAUAUUCUUGUGACUACUCCAAAUCGGUUAAUCUACUUACUAAAACAAGAUCCACCAGGAAUAGACCUAACAAGUGUUGAGUGGCUAGUCGUGGAUGAAUCAGACAAACUGUUUGAAGAUGGUAAAACUGGAUUUAGAGACCAGUUGGCUUUCAUUUUCCUGGCCUGCACAUCUCACAAAAUUAGAAGAGCUAUGUUCAGUGCAACUUUUGCCUAUGAUGUUGAACAGUGGUGCAAGCUCAACCUGGACAAUGUCAUUACUGUAUCCAUUGGAGCAAGAAAUUCUGCAGUAGAGACUGUAGAACAAGAGCUUCUUUUUGUUGGUUCUGAGACUGGAAAACUUCUGGCCAUGAGAGAACUUGUGAAAAAGGGUUUCAAUCCACCUGUUCUAGUUUUUGUUCAGUCCAUUGAAAGGGCUAAAGAACUUUUUCAUGAGCUCAUAUAUGAAGGUAUUAAUGUGGAUGUUAUUCAUGCAGAAAGAACACAGCAACAGAGAGAUAACACGGUCCAUAGCUUCAGAGCAGGAAAAAUCUGGGUUCUAAUUUGUACAGCCUUGCUUGCAAGAGGGAUUGAUUUUAAAGGUGUGAACUUGGUGAUCAAUUAUGACUUUCCAACCAGCUCAGUAGAGUAUAUCCACAGGAUAGGUCGAACUGGAAGAGCAGGACAUAAGGGAAAAGCUGUUACAUUUUUCACAGAAGAUGAUAAACCAUUGUUAAGAAGUGUUGCCAAUGUAAUCCAACAAGCAGGAUGCCCAGUACCUGAAUACAUAAAAGGUUUCCAGAAACUACUAAGCAAACAAAAGAAAAAAUUGAUUAAGAAACCAUUGGAAAGAGAGAGUAUUAGUACAACUCCAAAAUAUUUCUUAGAGCAAGCUAAACGGAAAAAGGCCUCUGGCCAGAAAAGUAAGAAGAAGGCAACCCUUGAAAACAAAAGUUAAAAGACAGACUUGAAAACCAGUGCUGGUGGUGCAUACCUGUAAUCCUAGCUACUCA